AUGGAUGCAGUGACUGUGUACCAUGGCAAAAUCAGCAGGGAGACUGGGGAGAAGCUCUUGCUCGCCACGGGGCUGGAUGGAAGCUAUCUGCUAAGAGACAGUGAGAGUGUUCCUGGCGUGUACUGCUUGUGUGUUUUGUAUCAAGGUUACAUCUAUACAUACCGAGUGUCGCAGACAGAAACAGGUUCUUGGAGUGCUGAGACAGCACCUGGGGUACACAAAAGAUUUUUCCGGAAAAUAAAGAAUCUGAUUUCAGCAUUUCAGAAGCCAGAUCAAGGCAUUGUAAUACCUCUGCAGUAUCCAGUGGAGAAGUCCUCAGCUAGGAGUACGCAAGGUACCACAGGGAGAAGUGAUUCUGAUGUCUGCCUGAAAGCACCAUGA